AUGAUCACAGGCAAUACCAAUUGUCGGUCAAAGGAUUCGGAACAAAAUUUGUUCCUGGCAUUCAUUCUAUUAUUAUCUAUCUUUUUCACUGCUGCAACCAGUGAGGAAUCAAUUACAUCACUUGAAGAAGUGCCAAAAACAGGUAGAAAUAUUGAACAAUCGGACGUAAGUCUUAAUAAUAAUAUGACACUGAAUGAAACAGACAGUAAAACGAAUGGCUUGCGGAUUGUAGUAUUCAAAACAAUCAAAACACAAAUCACCACGGCGAGGAAUAGCAGUACUCAGAGAUUCUGCAUCGGAUGGUUAUGUGUUUCACUUCUUAUUUUUAUUGUUAUAAUUUCAAUCCCAAGCAUUGUCAUCCUAACAAUGUUUAUCAUAUUUCUCAGCUACGUUUUACGACGAAAACAAAACUGUCAAAUAAGCUCAUCCAAACCAUAUGCAUCUGGAAGACUGAUGCAGAUAUAUUUGGGUCAGCAAAAUAGUUUCAAAGAGGCAGAGUCUGUAAAAUUUACUAAAUCGAAUCUUGACACUGAAACUAGUGUCGAUGAAGUGAAACCACUCAGGAAUAUGUCAGAAGAAAGUGAGAUAUCACGUUCCGUAAUGGCAUCCGCAUCAUCGGAAAAAGAGGAUGAGAACGGUUUCCAAAGGAAAAAGUCAUUGAUCAAGAAAAGAAGGCAUUAUUGA